AUGAAGCUCGUGUUGGGUCCCGAAUUCCCAAACGCUCCACCAAAGGGCUUCUUUGUGACUCGGAUAUUCCACCCGAACGUGGCCAAGAAUGGAGAAAUCUGUGUGAACAUCCUGAAGAAGGACUGGAAGCCAUGCCUUGGAUUGCGGCACGUACUCAUUGUUGUUCGGUGCUUGCUCAUUGAGCCUUAUCCGGAAUCAGCUCUUAACGAGGAUGCAGGCAAGCUUCUUCUAGAGGACUAUGAGGCCUACGCGAAACAUGCUCGCCUGUUUACGUCCAUCCACGCCCCAUCUUCAGCAGCAGCAGCAGCAGCAGCAGCAGGUUUCAGCAUGAGCCGCUCCAAGUCCAUGCCGCAGCAUGCCGCUUCCCAACCAGGUCAACAAAGUCAACCAGGUCAACACCCGUCCUGCCCCCACCACACGCUUCGCCAGAGCGUCUCUGCUUCAGACCACCUCGCUCCUGGCGCUGCUUCUGCUGCCGCUGCCGCUGCCACCGCCGCUGCUGUUGCAGAAAUGGCAGGUUCCGCAGCUGCUGCUGCUGCUGCUGCUGCUGCUGCUGCUGCUGCUGCUGCUGCUGCUGCUGCUGCUGCUGUCUCUGUGUCUCCGUCAGCCCUUGCUGCCGGUGGUGCUGGUGGUGGGAGUGCUCCUCUUGCUCCCAACCGCUCUAUUGCCAACGCUGAAGUGCAGAGGGAGGAGGGUGUGGGUGUUGCAGCUGGGGGGUCGACCGGGGGCCUGCGCAGUGCAGGCAGUAAGGGGGAGAAUGGAGCGAGAGGAGGGCAUGAGAAGAAAAAGGCACGCUGGCUCUCUCCCGCGCUCGCAGCAGCAGUAGUUGCCUGCAUCCUCCUCCCGCUGCCCCUCCCCCUCCCUCCGCAGCACACUCCACCCGCGAUGGAGCAAGGCAGGGUAGCAAGCAGCAGAUCGCUGGGCAGUGCGUGGGGCAGUGCGUGGGGCAGGUCGUGGAACAGUGCACAGGCCAUGCCAGCGCCGUUCAGUGGGGCCUCUGCGCCUCUGCCCUCUGAGACUUUCGACAACGUGCCCCAGUCGCUCUCAGAGGAUGACAAAAAGCCGCGGCGGAUUCAGAAGCCCAAGACACCGGCAGCAGAGAAGUGUUUGCGCAAGUGUGUGGGCACGUGCAUAAGAGGAGGGGCAGGAGCACCUGGGGAAGGGCCCAUCAACGUUGAGAGGCCCAUUGUGGUUUUCAAGUCCGAAUUCAGGUCAAGACAAUAUUGUCUAGUGGAAUGUAGUGAGAUCUGCAACCUUUUGUCGGAUGCAAAGAGCAAGCCUUGA